AGUUCACGUGCCGGCGCGGCGUUAGCGUCACGUCGGCGACGGCCACGUCCGGUGUUCCGCGGAGCAAGAUGGCGAUUCCGGGCAGGCAGUAUGGGCUUAUUUUGCCAAAGAAAACACAGCAGUUGCACCCCGUUCUACAAAAACCUUCAGUGUUUGGAAAUGAUUCUGAUGAGGACGAGGAGACCUCCGUGAGUGAAAGCCUUCAAAGGGAAGCUGCUAAAAAACAGGCCAUGAAACAGACCAAACUGGAAAUUCAGAAGGCCCUUGCUGAAGAUUCCACUGUGUAUGAAUAUGACAGCAUUUAUGAUGAAAUGCAGAAAAAGAAGGAAGAAAGUAAUCCCAGAUUGCUCCUCAGUAAAGAUCGAAAGCCCAAAUAUAUUCACAACUUGCUAAAAGCAGUUGAAAUCAGAAAGAAGGAACAGGAAAAAAGAAUGGAAAAGAAAAUACAGAGAGAGCGAGAAAUGGAAAAGGGAGAAUUUGAUGAUAAAGAGGCCUUUGUGACGUCUGCUUAUAAGAAAAAGCUACAAGAGAGAGCUGAAGAAGAAGAAAGAGAAAAGAGAGCUGCUGCCCUGGAAGCUCGCCUGGAUGUAACCAAGCAGAAGGAUCUCAGUGGAUUUUACAGGCACCUGUUAAAUCAAGCAGUUGGGGAAGAAGAGGUACCAGAAUGUAGCUUUCGCGAAGCCAGGUCUGGGAUAAAGGAAGAGAAGUCAAGGGGUUACUCUGAUGAAGUAAGUGCAGAGGACAAAACAGCACAGAAGAAAUGCAGUCUCCAGAGUGAUGUGAAAGUAGAGGAGAACCCAGAUGCGGACAGUGACUUUGAUGCUCAGAGCAGUGAGGAUGACAACAUUGAAGAAAAUGAUGUGAAGCACAGAAGGGAAAAGGUGACACAGGCCUCAGAGAAUGAUUGCAAGCGUCACAGGACCCACUCCAGGUCAUCUAGUGAAGAAAGAGGGCAUAGCUCCAGAUACCACACAAAAAGUUACAAAUCAAGAGGACAUGAUAAAAGGGAAGAUCAUCACAGAAGGCAGCCUAGAGACGAGGAGAAUUAUUGUAUUGACUCUGAUUACCGAAAAGAGAGAGAGUCUCACAGACACAGAGAUUCCCAUUGGAAGAGGUAUGAACAUGAAGACAAGCUGAAGGAGACAGACCAAAGAGAAAGAAAUGACAGAGAAUGGAAAAGAGGGAAAGACAGGGAGAAACACUCCUCAAGAGAACAAGAAAGAGAUAGACAUCGCAACGGUCAUGACCGACACAGUGAGCGGGAAGAGAAAAACAAGGCGAAAGAAGAUGCAAAAAUAAGGAAGGAAAAAUAUGAAAGUAAUGAUAAAUACAGAGACAGGGAAAAACAAGAUGUAAGUGUUGAGUCUUCAGAAAGAAAUCAAGACAGAAAGGAUAACAACCCAAAAUCUAGGGCAAGGAAUGAAUUUCUUGAUGAGGAAAGAUCUGGUAAAAUGAGAAACCUGGAAAAGGACAAAGAAAGAAACCCGGAGAAGCCCUCUGGUUCUGACACAUCACUGGGAAUAAAACACAGACUCAGAGAGGAAAAGCAAGAGAAAGACAGAGAACAGGAGAAACCACCCGAGUCUAUGAACAAAUUUGCAAAACGAAGCACUGAAGAAACUGUUAUUUCAGCCAGAGACAGGUACUUAGCAAGACAAAUGGCUCGGGUUAACGCAAAGACCUACAUUGAAAAAGAGGAGGAUUGAGAGCCGUCCCGACGUUAAAACCUAUGGAAAAAGAAAAGUUUCUCCUGGAACUUGUGUGUGAAAGCAUAUAGGAAUGUGUUCACAGUGUUUGAGAGGAUUUUUUAAAAUGUUUUUUCAAAGCUCACUGUUGGUUUAGAUUUAAAUUAAAAUCAUUCCUUUAGUCUUGAAUGUUUGGUCAGCUUUAUGUAUAACAUUUAUUUACCAGUAUCACAGGCUGAAUUCCGGUAGGUACUUGAGGAAAAUUGGCGGCAUUGCAACCAUUUUGCUCUUCUAAUAUGUUGGUUUUGUUACAGAAACUGUUUUGUUAUGUAAAUCACUGUAUUUCAGAGAAAACAUGUGGAUUUGAAGCAGAAUGUUGUUAAGUUUGUGCUCUGAAAUGCAUUAAAAUACAGAUCAUG